UGUCACCUAUUGACAUAAUCAUGUAUAUAGAAUAAAUAUGGUUGAAGAAAUUGAAGAACCCAAAACAAAAUCCGUACAUGAAUAUAGCCAUAUACAUAGAUAAUCAAUCAAUGGGAACCAAUCACAGUACUCACACAAACCUUGGCGACGAUAGCACAUGUUAUAAAGCUGGAGCCAAUGGCUCCAAAGCACGUUGGGGAGAUUCUUUCGAAGUUGGUAUGAGCAAAUGGAAUGAAAAUGAUAACACAAAUGUUUGGGGUGUAGAAUACAAAACAGGACAAAAAAAUCGUACUUGUGGUUUUCAACUAAAAGCAAGCAAUGACAAUCAUGGUAUUGAGAGCAUAAAUUUUGGAUUACGCGACAUAGCUAACAACAAAACUGAAUUUGCUUUGAAGAUUACAAGAAUUGAACGUCAUACUCUUCAUGGAGGGAUAACAGGAAUGGAUUCCUCUGCUUCUCCAAUAUCAUUCACAAGGACAAAUCAAGAUUACUUAAUAGAGACAACUAUUGUUUCCUACAGUUGUUCCUACAGAGAAGGACUUUUUGUUCUGGAAAUGAAGAAAAAGGGAAAAUCCAAAAACGCUUGCAUUGUUAAUGUGGCACAUUAUUACAUAACCAAAGAUGUUGGUCUCUCUGUUUCGGCUAAAAUAUUUAGAAACAAAGCUAAUGGUUUUGUUGUUGAAGUGGAAGGUCCUUUUAAACAUCCAAGUGUUGAUUUGCGUAGGGUUGUUGAUAAAACAUGUAGUAGUGGUGUUUGGUCACCUAAUGCUUGUUCUCAUUGUAAAAGAACAACAAAAAAGGCUAGCAUUGGUGUGAAAAGUGGAGAUUUGAAUUCUAAUAAUUCAUUGUUGAAAGGUGAUUCUCAUGUUCAAGAGAGUGAUGGAAAAAUUGGUGAAAUUGUUAAACAUGGUUUAUUCUCAAGUAGUGUUAGAGAGCAAGUUAACAUUGGUCUUAUCAAUUCAAGUGGAUACACUUCUGGUACUCUUAAUAACUCUAUUGUUUUUAUGGAUUGUAAUUUUAAAAUGCAUGAUUAGAAAAUUAAUUAUUGUAAUGUUAAGCUUUCAACACAACCGAUUUUUUUUAUAAUGUGGCGAGUGGUUAUAGAUUGCAGAUUUUUCAUCUCUUUCGAAGCAUGAUGUGAGCUGGAGUGAGAGCUCUUAAGAUUA